CGAUCCAAUGUGUGUGUGUGUGUAUGCCAGCUGGUGGUCACUGUGCUAUGUGGAAGGUCCAGUAAGCGCUGCACAUUAUCAGGCUGAGCAGCGGCGGACUCUCCGUGGUUUGUACUGGUAUAUGUUCGGGUUGCGGGCAAGAUGGUGAUACUACGCAGCAGUAGCGGCGGCGGCGGCGGCGUCGGUGCUGAGCCGGCGACAACUCCGAAGAGGAGGUCGAUGGAGUUGGAUACAAGCGGCGACUUUCUGUCGCUGAUUCCCGCGUCGCACUCAAAGUCCGCCCGGGUGACCCGCUCCUCCCGGGCUCUGGAUGAAGGCUUCACCGGCCACGACGACAACACUGAGAAUGGACAAAGUGAUAUGAGGCAGGAUGAGGGAAGUGGUGUCCAUCUCUCUCCACGGACCAGAGGACAAAGAAUGAAGCAAGAGGUCUCCUAUGCUGACAUGGAGCCAACGACCAGCUCUCCUGUGACUGAAGAAAAGGAUAGCACCAGAAGAUCUUCCAGGCUUCAGAGAGAAGGAAACGCAUCCAGCGGUAAGCAGCAAGCAGAAGUUCCAGAUGAGGUAGAAGGGUCGUCCACUCCCAAGAGGAGCCGCUUUAACCUACAGAGCAGGGAAGUGGAGGAGGAAGAGGAGGAGGAUCGCUCAGUGCGACGUAGCUCCCGAAUUACCAGAUACAAACUGGAUUCCCGCAACCAGUCAGUGCUCUACGAUCGCCUCAUCACCAACACUGCAGAAGCUGUCCUCCAGAAGAUGGACGACAUGAAGAAGAUGAGACGGAGACUGAAGAGCAGAGAUAGAGACACUAAAGAUGAGCUUGGCGUUUACACUCGGGGCCAGAUGCGAAUGUCUCUUAGGACGAAUGUGGAGAGUAAAGACCCUGAGGAGGAGAACCAAGGAGUGGACGAGGAGGAUCAUGAUAAAGAGGGGGAGCAAGAUAGAGAAGUUGAUGAUGAGGAGGAGGAGGAAGAAGAAGAUGAUGAAGACGAAGAUGGCGAGGAUGAGGAAGAAGAUAACCAGAGGCGCUACGACUUCAGACAGCGAAAGACUGCAGUUCGCUACCAGGCACCACAGGAUGAACCCAAAGAGCCCAGGAAGCGCAGCAUGUACUACAAAGACCACUCGUCCCCUUCCAGAUGCAGGUUCAGAUUCUCUUCCACGGCCCCCAGGAGCCCCUACAACAGAAGAAGAACAAACCGAAGGAGACAUGCCAUCCACAGUAGCGACUCUACGUCCUCAUCUUCAGAUGAUGAGAAAUUCCAGAGACGAAAGAGUAGGGGCAGGAGCCGGCCAGUCAACAGAUGUUUACCAAUGAACCUUGUGAAGGAAGACCUGCUGGGAAUCCAGAAGGACAGGAUGAAGAUUGGAGCCAGCCUUGCUGAUGUGGACCCCAUGUGCAUAGACAAGACGGUUGGCUUUGGCAGCAUUGGGGGCUUGAGUAGACACAUCUCGUCACUGAAGGAGAUGGUGGUCUUCCCUCUCCUCUAUCCAGAAGUCUUUGAGAGGUUCAAGAUACAGCCACCCAGGGGCUGUUUAUUUUAUGGUCCCCCCGGCACAGGGAAAACCCUUGUAGCCAGAGCGCUGGCCAACGAGUGCAGUCAGGGGGAGAAAAAGGUGUCGUUCUUCAUGAGAAAAGGAGCUGACUGCCUCAGUAAGUGGGUGGGAGAAUCUGAGAGACAGCUACGCCUGCUGUUUGACCAGGCAUACCAAAUGCGUCCCUCGAUCAUCUUCUUUGAUGAGAUUGAUGGUUUGGCUCCAGUCAGGUCCAGCCGUCAGGAUCAGAUCCACAGCUCCAUCGUGUCGACCCUCCUGGCUCUAAUGGAUGGAUUAGAUGCCAGAGGUGAGAUUGUUGUGAUAGGAGCCACAAACAGACUGGACUCCAUCGACCCAGCUCUGAGAAGACCAGGACGCUUUGACAGAGAGUUCCUCUUCGGCCUGCCUGACAGAGAGGCUAGAAAGGACAUCCUGAAGAUCCACACCAGACAGUGGACCCCGCUGCCCUCUGACACUUUUCUGGAGGAAUUGGGAGAUAAAUGCGUUGGUUAUUGUGGAGCAGACAUUAAGGCAGUGUGUUCAGAGGCUGCCCUGUGUGCGCUGCGGCGUUGCUACCCACAAAUCUACUCCUCGUCACAGAAACUUGUUCUUGAUGUCAACUCCAUUGCCAUCACAAACAUAGACUUUAUGUCCGCCAUGUCUAAGAUGGUGCCAGCUGCCCAGAGGGCAGUGGUAUCCCCAGCCAAAUCCCUGAUUCCUGCCAUCCUUCCUCUGCUGAACGCCCCCCUACAGAACAUUCUCCUCAUUGUCAGAAGAGUGUUCCCGCAUGCUGAGGUGGGCUUAAAGAGGAAGAGGGAACAAGAUGUGGCCUGUGGUGUGUCUGAGGAUGACCUGAUGUUCAGUGAGGAUGAGGACGUCUGCUUCACCUUGCACACCCCUGGCACUCCACGCAAAACGCCUGCUGUGAAGGGACUCCUCAACCUCAGCAGGAGUGUGCUCAGCCAGCCGACAUCCUACCGUCCCAGGCUGCUGCUGGAGGGCAGACCAGGCUCAGGUCAGAGCUCCUACCUGGGUCCUGCUGUCCUGCAUGCUCUGGAGAAAUUCCCUGUGUACACCCUGGACAUAGCCGUGCUGUUUAUAGCCAGUGCAGCAGCACCAGAAGAGACCUGUGCUCAGAUUUUUCUUGAAGCCAAGAGGACCUCCCCAAGUAUCCUGUACAUCCCUCACAUCGGACAGUGGUGGGAAACAGUGGGUCCUGCCUUAAAAGCCACAUUCCUGAGCCUACUUAGCUCGAUCCCUGCUUUCUCUCCUAUUCUGCUGAUGGCCACCUGCAACCAGCGAUACGACCAGCUCAGUAUGGAGGUACAGGAGUUGUUUCGGGUGGAGUACGGAGAAGUUUUCCAGGUCCAGGUCCCCACCAGCAGAGAAAGAAGAAACUUCUUUGAGGACCUGAUUCUUAACCAGGCUGCCAAGGCCCCUGCCUCAAAAAAGAAGGCUGUGCUCCGUGCUUUGGAGGUGCUUCCUGUCGCCCCUCCUCCUCCUCCACGUCAGCUAACUGAAGAGGAGACUCAAAAAUUGGAGGAACAAGAGGAAGACACCCUCAGGGAGCUCCGCCUCUUCCUCCGUGAUGUCACCAACCGACUGUCCCAGGAUAAACGUUUUAAGACUUUUACAAAGCCUGUGGAUUUAGAGGAGGUUCCUGAUUAUGCUGAGGUGAUCAAGAAGCCUAUGGACCUCUCAACAGUUCUCUCUAAGAUCGAUCUCCAUCGGUAUGGGGCAGUGAAGGAGUUUGUGCAGGAUGUAGAUCUUAUCUGGCAGAAUGCACUGGAAUACAACCCUGACAGGGACCCCUCAGGCCGUCAGAUCCGCCAUAGAGCGUGUGCCCUGAAGGAUACUAUCCAUGCCAUCAUUAGAGAUGAACUGGAUGAAGAUUUUGAGAAGAUUUGUGAGGAAAUCAAAGCAUCACGCAGCACAAGAGGUAGCUCGACUACAACCCGGUUUGCCCCCUCCUUUUACCACGUCCUUCCCAAACAGCCAAAUUCUCCUGCUGAGGCAAAGUUCACGGACACAACCCCAAAAAGAGAUCCGACUGGAGCCACAGCUGCUGUUACCCCCUAUACAACUUCCUCUGCUUUCACAACUCCUAAAAACACAGUCCAGAGGAAGAAAAGAAGAAAGAGUCGCUGGGCCUCUGGCGUAUACGUAAAGAGGAAGUCUGCUUCCUCUCUUAACCUGUCCAGAGAUGACAUACAGUUAGGGUCUGAUGAGGAUGAGGUGGAUGAAGACGAUGAGGAGGAGGCUGAGAAGGAAACCGGGGCAGAGGUGACUGAAGGAGAGGUGGAUAAACAAUCAGGGCUUGCAGAAGGUCAGGAAGAUAGCCCAGAGCCUAUGAUGGAACAGGGAAGCCAGGAGAAGGAGGAAAAAGAGGGGAGGAAUGGAGCUGCUGGAGACAAGGAUAUCCUGUCUGAAAAUGACUACUACAUGGGGGAUGAAAAAGAAGAGGUGGACCAAGCUGUCGCAGAUGAACCAGGACAAUUAGAAGAAAAUUACAAAGCAUUGACAGAAGAAGGGGAUGUGAACAGCAAAACACUUUCAGCAAACACUAAGAGCAGCCUCACUGAGACAGAGAGAGGAGAUCAUCACGAACAGUCCAUCACAGCAGAGAGAGGUGAAUCUCAAGAUCAAAAGCUAAAGGAAACUGAGACUGAGAAAUGUCAAACCAUACAAAAGGGGGAUGAGAGUAAUAAGGUAGCGACUGCAGAGGAGAUUGCACUGAACAGUCAUGCUGAGCCAAUGGAGGUGGAAGCAACGGAAACCUCAACCACAGAGGCCUCUGCAGCUGUCAGAGGAGAGGAGGACACAAACACAGAGCGGAGCAUGAGGCGAAGGACUCGGUCUGUAAAAAGCCCUGUGCUGCAGCAGCAGAUGAUCGACGUGGACAAAGCUAUGCAGAUCCUAGACAAGGAAGUUCCACUACUUGUGGUGGACAGAGACAAAUUAAAGGAGCUGUUGGAGAGAGUAGUGACCAAGACUGACAGCUUCGAGGUUUACAAGCUUGAGAAACUCUACGCUCUGCUCUGCCAGAGCAUUUACAGACACAGACGAGACUUCAACAAAACAGCACUAAUACAGGAGAUGGACCAGGAGAUUGAAGAUUUCCAAUAACUUUUCAACAGGAACCCCAUGACUAUUUUUAAGUGUUGUGCUCAUCAUCCUUAUCAAAAGUGUUAAUGUACAAACAUUGGCUCUAUUUUCAUAGAAAUCGACUGACACAUAUUUUUGUGCUUUGGCCAAAACUUUGUAACCGUGUUUAUAUUUAAUUAAACUGCUUUCCUCUUAA